AUAAGUGCGGUCCUUACAAAAUGGUAGUUCGUUGGUUCGAAGUUUGAUGAAAACUUCGACUCCCGGUUAAAUUUCUUUGUUUUCUCUCCAUUCGUCCUGAGAAAACUCCAAAGACCCGACACCAUUCGUGAUGACUGAGAUAAAAGUUACUCCUCUGGGUGCUGGCCAAGAUGUUGGUCGAAGUUGUAUCCUGGUUACUGUUGGUGGGAAGAACAUCAUGUUAGACUGUGGUAUGCAUAUGGGAUUUAACGAUGAGAGGCGCUUCCCAGAUUUCACCUACAUUACCAGGGAGGGAACACUCACCGAACAUCUGGAUUGUGUGAUCAUAACACACUUCCAUUUGGAUCACUGUGGUGCUCUGCCGUAUAUGUCUGAAAUGGUUGGCUUUGAUGGACCUAUCUAUAUGACACAUCCUACGAAGGCUAUUUGCCCCAUCUUGCUGGAAGAUUAUCGGAAGAUUACUGUUGAACGCAGAGGAGAAACCAACUUCUUCACAUCAGAAAUGAUAAAAUCCUGUAUGAAGAAAGUAAUUGCUGUCAACCUCCACCAGACUGUUCAUGUGGACCUUGAUUUAGAAAUAAAGGCAUAUUAUGCAGGACAUGUUUUAGGAGCUGCAAUGUUUUAUAUCAAGUCUGGCCAGCAAUCCCUUGUCUACACAGGUGACUAUAACAUGACACCUGACAGACAUUUAGGAGCUGCUUGGAUUGACAAAUGUCGACCAGAUCUGCUUAUUACCGAAUCCACUUAUGCUACAACGAUCCGAGAUUCAAAGCGUUGUCGUGAGAGAGAUUUCCUCAAGAAGGUCCACAGUUGUGUUGAGAAAGGGGGUAAGGUUUUGAUUCCAGUAUUUGCUUUAGGAAGAGCACAAGAAUUGUGUAUAUUACUGGAGACCUAUUGGGACCGGAUGAACCUAAAAGCACCCAUUUAUUUCUCGCUUGGGCUCACCGAGAAGGCAAACCAUUAUUACAAACUGUUUAUCACGUGGACCAGUCAGAAGAUCAAGAAAACCUUUGUACAGCGGAACAUGUUUGAGUUCAAACACAUCAAGCCAUUUGAUCGAGCUUUCAUUGACAACCCUGGGGCAAUGGUAGUGUUUGCUACACCAGGAAUGCUGCAUGCUGGACUCUCAUUACAAAUCUUCCGCAAAUGGGCUUCAAAUGAAAACAACAUGCUUAUAAUGCCUGGUUAUUGUGUUGCUGGGACAGUGGGACACAAAGUGCUCAGUGGGGUCAAACGGUUGGAGUUUGAGAAACAAGUGCUGGAGGUGAAGCUGCAGGUGAGAUACAUGUCAUUCAGUGCACAUGCUGAUGCUAAAGGUAUAAUGCAGUUGGUGUCGCAGUGUGAGCCACGUAACGUAAUGUUAGUCCAUGGAGAAGCAGCUAAAAUGGAUUUCCUCAAACAGAAAAUUCAACAGGAAUUUGGAAUCGACUGUUUCAAGCCAGCAAAUGGUGAGACAGCUGUUAUCCGGACAAUACAUAAUGUUCCUUUAGACAUUUCUGUAAAUCUCUUGAAACGAGAAGCUUCUUUAUCAGGUUUGUCCGUUCCUGACCCCAAACGAUUGCGAAUUCUGAAUGGAGCCCUUGUGAUCAAAGCAAAUAAAAGCCAACUUGUUGACCCAGCCCAGGCCAUGCGGGAGUUGGGCCUGAAGCAGCAUCAGCUUCGGUUCACAUCUACUAUUUCUCUUGAUGACGAUGGUCCCAUCUCUGACAGCGCUGACAAACUUUACCAAAAAAUUAAAAACAAAUUAAAAGACUACCCAAUUCAUUACUCAUCGGACGGUUCCAUCACAAUUGCUGACACAGUUCUAGUAAAAGUGUCCGGAGAUGAAGAAACCAAAGAUAUCGCUGUUUCAUGGCUCCAUCAGGAUGAAGAAUUAGGCAGUUAUUUAUUGAAGAUUCUAGAAUCUGGUCUGGAAGGGACAUAAAUCCCCUCCUCUUGAUGUAAUUAUAAUUCUAUUAAGGACCUUUUUCUUUCUCUUUUUUAGCUAAAAAUGUAAUACUUUCUACAUUGUGAAAUUAAAUAAUAGGGAUUUUUAUUUUCUUAAAAUACAAAACAAA